AUGCACUCAACAUCAUCUCUCUUUCUCAGCCUCCUCGCUGCCACCUUCACAGCAGCCCAACUCUCCCCCGACAUCAACUAUUGCGAAGGCGACAAGAGCACACUAGGCCACUGCGACACACUCACCUACGAAGACACCACCCUCUCCGCAGCCAACCCACCCACCACAACAGAAUGCCAGGAGUCGUGUUUUAGUAUCUUCGGAGACGCCGGCGAAUGGGUCGUCAACUUAGAAGUCGGGAUGGACGGAAUGGAGUGUGAUGGCGAGACUGAGAUGGAGGCGUAG